GCGGGCUGGGGGAGGGGGCUUGGGAUCCGCCGCAGCUGCAGUGGCGCCCGGGACGGCCGCGGCUCCGGGGACCGGUGCAGCUGCAGUGGCGCCCGGGGGAGGGGGCCGGCAGGGGAGGGGGCCCUCCCGGGCUGGUGCAGUUGCCCGGAGGCCCCGGGGGCUCGCGCGUCGCGGCGUCGGGGAAGCGGUAGCAACCACCCUCCUCCCGCUGGCUGCUUCUUACGACUUUUCUUUUGUUGUUGCCGUGACCCGGGUCUGUUUUCUCCUCUGUUAUUGAAGGUGUUUUCCUGCUGCACCGGCUCUACGCCCUCCACCUCCUUCCCUGUGGUUUUAACCUUCCUCUUUCCCCGUGUGUUGUAUGCACUGCGAACUACGUAAAGAUUUGCAUUGCUUCCCCACUCGGCAUCCCCGCCCCCACCUCUCUGAAAAACAAAACCCUAACCUCACAAAAUCUCUGGAUCCGCGGUAGCGAGACGUGAAGGGGUUGAUUUGUGGAGUGGGAGUCGCUGGCCCAUUGCGGUGCUUGGGACUCAUUAAACUGUCACUCACCCCCUACCCCACUGGGUAAAUGGGGUGAUUAAUGUCUGAUAUAUUGGAAUGGGGCGAGGGCAUUUGUGGAGAGUAGGUGGUGUGGCUGGGAAGAAACUGAUCGCCCAAGGAUGUCUCCUGGACUAAGCGUUCAUAAUUAUGUCACUCACCGCGAAGUUGGAGAAAGUUAGGUUUGUGACUUUGGGAAAGCGAGGAGGACAGGACAGAGUCGUCGGGUUUUUUACUAGUUAACUCUCCGCCACGGCUUUCUAAUGGGAACGAAGUGGUUAUCACCAGGGCUGGGACGCUGACGCCUCAGGCCCCAGUUCCUUUUCUACCCCUCGCCCUCCCAAGAGUCUGAGGAGAUGUAUUUGACAUUCAGAGAUGUCGCAGCACCCUGCCCAGCACCGGUCAGCCCAGCCCGGGUCGCGUUACAGUUUCAUCAGCUUUUAGAAAAGACCCACAAACUCUGGCUGAAAAGUUCUCAAACUAACUAGACCUGGCUUCCCCCCACGCAAAGAUUUUCUUGUGAUCAUUAAACAUUACAGAGUGACCCCCCCACCACAAAAAAAAAGAUUGUUAAGGGACACAGAUCAAGGGGAAGGCAAGGUUCUGCUUUUUCUGAGCAGAAAGAUCAGAUAUGCAGGUGCAGCAUUCAUUUUAAGUGACUGUAGCAGGUUGUAUCAAUUUAUUAAUUGGUCUCGUUGAACUGAAGUACUUUCCAGGAUUUCAGAAAGUGCAGUUUCAGUUUGUUGGUACUGAGAAUUGAAAUUUGCAUUGACUGUGGCAGUGUAAGAAAUUUUUCUGAGAAGGUAGUUGUAGAUAAGUAAUUAAAUAAGAGUGAAAUAAUAAAGUGAACCAGUCCAAAGUAAUGGUUCUGAAGAAGUCUGCCAACAUUUGAGACAUAUAUACCAUUAUCUCAGCAGAAAAAAAAGUGCGGUAAUAAUGUUGAAAUGGGACUGGAGAUGUCAAAUGGGUUGGUUUAAAAAUAUCCCUAAACUGCCUUAGAAGCUAAACGUUGGAGUUAAAUAAAAGUGUAUCUGGAUUUCCUGAAUAGCACCGUGGCUUGAGUGUGCUGUCAGUAUGUAAGCCAGUCCACCAACUUAAGACAGAAGUGUUGCUAUUCCAUAAAUACAGUAGAACUCCAUAUGCUGAGUUUUUCAAUUUCUUCUGUUAGAAAGUUUGGAAAAAAAGGAAGACUUUGAAGUAUUUUGUUUAUACUAACAGAAGAGAAAAGUUCUCCUAAGAAAAAGCUGGUGGCAGGAGUGUAGAGGAGUAGCAUAUGGCAUUAAAAGGAGCACAGCUGGAGGUAGCAUUUCCAUCUGAACAUGAUGUCAGAGCAGCUGACAGCCUGCCAUCCCUCAGCCUUUUAUUCUAACACACAGACAGGGAGUUAGUGUGUGCGGAUCUGUGGUGGAGAAGGUAUCUCAUUCCUCUCUAACAUCAUCUCCACUUUGCAUCUGUCUCUCUUAGUCUGCUUUUUUUCCACCGAUGUAACAGACCUGGAGCCAGCAGGACUCAGAGGAAAGGACUUAAUCAGGUUUAUGUGUCCUAAAGGUUAUGAAGACAGUAUGGAGUUUCCAGACCAUAGUAGACAUUUGCUGCAGUGUCUGAGCGAGCAGAGACACCAGGGUUUUCUUUGUGACUGCACCGUUCUGGUGGGAGAUGCCCAGUUCCGAGCGCACCGAGCUGUACUGGCUUCAUGCAGCAUGUAUUUCCACCUCUUUUACAAGGACCAGCUGGACAAAAGAGACAUUGUUCAUCUGAACAGCGACAUUGUUACAGCCCCCGCUUUCGCUCUCCUGCUUGAAUUCAUGUAUGAAGGGAAACUCCAGUUCAAAGACUUGCCCAUUGAAGACGUGCUAGCAGCUGCCAGUUAUCUCCACAUGUAUGACAUUGUCAAAGUCUGCAAAAAGAAGCUGAAAGAGAAAGCUACCACGGAGGCCGACAGCACCAAAAAGGAAGAAGAUGCUUCAAGUUGUUCGGACAAAGUCGAGAGUCUCUCCGAUGGCAGCAGCCACAUGGCAGGCGAUUUGCCCAGUGAUGAAGAUGAAGGAGAAGAUGAAAAAUUGAACAUCCUGCCCAGCAAAAGGGACUUGGCGGCUGAGCCUGGGAACAUGUGGAUGCGAUUGCCCUCAGACGCAGCAGGCAUCCCCCAGGCUGGCGGAGAGGCAGAGCCACACGCCACAGCAGCUGGAAAAACAGUAGCCAGCCCCUGCAGCUCAACAGAGUCUUUGUCCCAGAGGUCUGUCACCUCCGUGAGGGAUUCGGCAGAUGUUGACUGUGUGCUGGACCUGUCUGUCAAGUCCAGCCUUUCAGGAGUUGAAAAUCUGAACAGCUCUUAUUUCUCUUCACAGGACGUGCUGAGAAGCAACCUGGUGCAGGUGAAGGUGGAGAAAGAGGCUUCCUGUGAUGAGAGUGAUGUUGGCACUAAUGACUAUGACAUGGAACAUAGCACUGUGAAAGAAAGUGUGAGCACUAAUAACAGGGUACAGUAUGAGCCGGCCCAUCUGGCUCCUCUGAGGGAGGACUCGGUCUUGAGGGAGCUGGACCGGGAGGACAAAGCCAGCGAUGAUGAGAUGAUGACCCCCGAGAGCGAGCGCGUCCAGGUGGAGGGGGGCAUGGAGAGCAGUCUGCUUCCCUACGUCUCCAAUAUCCUGAGCCCCGCGGGCCAGAUCUUCAUGUGCCCCCUGUGCAACAAGGUCUUCCCCAGCCCCCACAUCCUGCAGAUCCACCUGAGCACACACUUCCGCGAGCAGGACGGCAUCCGCAGCAAGCCCGCCGCCGAUGUCAACGUGCCCACGUGCUCGCUGUGUGGGAAGACUUUCUCUUGCAUGUACACCCUCAAGCGCCACGAGAGGACUCACUCGGGGGAGAAGCCCUACACAUGCACCCAGUGCGGCAAGAGCUUCCAGUACUCGCACAACCUGAGCCGCCACGCCGUGGUGCACACCCGCGAGAAGCCGCAUGCCUGCAAGUGGUGCGAGCGCAGGUUCACGCAGUCCGGGGACCUGUACAGACACAUUCGCAAGUUCCACUGUGAGUUGGUGAACUCCUUGUCGGUCAAAAGCGAAGCACUGAGCUUGCCUACUGUCAGAGACUGGACCUUAGAAGAUAGCUCUCAAGAACUUUGGAAAUAAUUUUAUAUAUAUAUAAAUAAUAUAUAUAUAUAUAUACAUAUAUAUAAAUAGAUCUCUAUAUAGUUGUGGUACGGUCUAAAAGCAGUCUUGUUUCCUGGAAAUAAAAAGUUGGGAUAUUAACUUGUUUUUGCACUUUAGAAUAGCAUGAGAAUCUCACUAAUUUAGCAUUCUGAUAAAAGAAACUUUAGAGCAAGUCAGAAUAGAGAGGUGUUUUUCCUUUGAGGGGGUAGGGGAAGUAAGCCAAUAAGAACCUUUUAAACGAAUCGUCCUAUCACAAAAUGCUUUCAUAUGGCUUCAUUUUGUCAACACUGCAUUGUCUUUUGAGCUCUUUUUUUCCCCCCCAACAAUUUUUUUUUUUUUUCAGUAGAAAUUCCCUCCAGUUUUAUUAGCCUCUUUAUAUGUCUCAAAUUGCAUGAAUUUUUUCUGGCUGUUGGAAACCUGAAUGCUUUUAGACCCAAAUGGAAAAUUUCUGAAAUGCUGGAUUAUCUAUUUUUAAACAAGCAGUUGACUUAAAACUUUCUGUGGCAACUUCUGGUUUUCUGACGGUUCCCAGUGAGAGAAAUGCUGAAAGUACACUGGGAUCACUGGGACACUGUCUUGUGAAGGUUUGCUUGGGAUGAAAAAGGAUAUUGCAGCUUCAGCAGUGUUGAACUGUGUGUUUAAAAAUGUGAAUUACUGUUAUUGUAUACUGUAAUUGAUUACAUGGGCUGGGGGGGGUGUCAAAGAACUUGACAGGUUGUGUUGAUGCUCUUAGUUGAGUCUUGAAAAGUAAAUAUUAACGCUACAGAAAUGCAUGAGUUUCAAUAUAUUUUUUGUCUUUGUUUGCAUUGUAUAACUUUAACGAGUGAGUUUAAAAUUAUUUAAUUUCCUUAGAAAAAUAGCACCAUUUGGAAAAAAAACUGGUGUUAUGAAGAACGUAAAUGCACUGUUUUUAUUUUUAUUUUAUAUAAUUUAAAUUGACUUUCCCACUGUCUUUAAGUUGAAACUGUUAAGCUGAAUAAAAACUUAAGCUGCAAAUUGAUAACUUCGCUACAUAACAAGGAAAAUAUAAAUGUUUACAAACGGCUUAAAGAUUUGCAUGUGCAGUGUGCAUUUAUAACAAACUUCUAAUUGCACAAAACCCAUGCCAGCUCAGAGUUUAGGUGUACACAUUUACCCAGUUGAGCAUUUUUAGAAUAACUACUGCACAAGUUGACAAUAGGUCAUUCUCUCUCUUUUUUUUUUUUGUUUGCUCCCUUUUUCUUUUUCUCCCCUUCUUCCUUACCCUCCCUCCCUUACUCUCCCCCCCCCCCCCCCCACCCUCCACCCCCAACUCAUGAAAAGAUUCCAUGGACUGAAAAAGCCCCAGGCUGAAAGGACUGGACUGCCUUGAUUGACAUGGGGAAGGGGGUUAGUAGACUAUGUGGAUUGCGGCAGCAGAGGCUGCAGCCUAACGUGUGGUUUUAAUGACCAGCACGCAAGGCAAAAGCAUUUUGCACAGUGUUUGUUUUCCUGUCUUGCACUUACAAAUAAGGUCUAUGGGAGUAGCAUGGAAAACGUUUGCUGUUUUUCCCUUUUUUUUUUUUUUAAUUGCUUUUGUUUAAAAUUUGAUCGCCUUAACUACUGUAAACAUAGCCUAUUUUUGUGCUUAAGAUACUGAAUGGAAAACUCCAUUGUGUGUUGCUGGACUGUUUUGGAAAUAUUUGGUUAAAUGUGUGUUAAUUUGGCUGUAAUGGCAUUUAAAGCAAACAAACAAACAAAAAAAAAGCUGUGAAAAUGGCCUUGGAGCAUUAUCUUUAGUUACUUGAAGAGUUUCUAGUUUUUUUAAAAUACAGUUUAUGUUAAAAUAAUUUUUAUUAAUUUAGAGAAGACAAUCAAUGUCUGUGAGAAAACGGACUUUCUUUUGGAUUUUCUUUUUGUGGUCAUUGUGAGUGAUUGCUUUUUUCUUUUCUUAGUUUCACAUUCUUCCUUUGUUCUAAAACUUAGACUGACAUCUAGCUUUGACAAUCAUAGUAUGUUUUAUUUUCCUGAGGGGGGAAUAACUUAUAAUGCUGUUUAGUUUUGUACUAUUGGUGUGUUGGUGAAUUUUUAAACUGUGUGCUAACUGCAAUAAAUUAUAUGAACUGAGAA